CCACCUCCAACAACAGAAAGUGAAAGCUCUGCAAGCUACUCUAAGCUGUGGGAGCUCCAGGACACUUCUCUUUCUCUUCCCCUUUCUGACUGAGACUUUGCUCUCCUCAAAGUAAGAAGAGGCAGAAAAUGGAGAAGUUACAUGGGAUGUUGGAUAUCUGCAUCCGCCAUCAGACCGUUCUGGGUUACAGCCUUGUGUCUCUACUGACGGUUGCCAGCGAGCACAUCUUCUCAUCUGUGCUGUUCAGGUGUCCCUGCAGUUCUUGGAACUUGCUGUAUGGCUCCGUCUUCCUCCUGGUGCCUGCCCUCAUCCUCUUUCUGCUUGGCUUCGUGGUGAACGCCAGGACAUGGCACCUGCUGACGGGAAUCUGCCCUCGGAGGAAGGGAUGCAGGUCUGACCCAAAGGAAACCUGCACCCGCUGCUGCCCCGUGCUGAGUCAGGUGACAGCCAGAGCUGCGGUGGCCCCUCUCACCUGGGUUGCGGUGGCCCUGUUCAGAGCCAGCUUCUACGAGUGCGCGGCCAGCGGGAGCAGCCCGUUAAAGAACCUGGUGUGCAGUGAGAAAGGGGGAGAAGCCUGCCAGGAGCUGCUGUUCCAAAUACCCUGCAAUGAGAAGUUAUCAGAGAAGAUACCGGGUGAACUCCUUAGGCUCCAGGCACAGUCCCAGCUGUUAGGAUGGCUCGUGAUCACCGUCACAGUGACCGGGUAUCUGAUUGCAACAUGUGUCAGCCACUGUCGGUCCCCAGUUAGCUAUCUUCAGCUCAAAUUCUGGAAAAUUUACCAGCAAAAAGAAUGGGAGCUCUUUGAGACCAAGGCUAAAGAGCAUGCAACCAGGCUGGCAGAAAUAAAUACAAACGCCUUUUUUGAAGGCACUAACCAAGAACAGUUUGUGACUCCCAGCAAUGAAGACUGGUGGAAGAUUUCAUCCUUGUAUACCUUCAGCUCGCAAGAGCAGUAUUAUAGCACGCUACACAAGUAUGUCAAAACAAACAGAGGCAACAGUGUCAGACCCAGGGAGGGAGAUCAGAAUCCUUCUGGUUUAGAAUUUGUGGAUGAAACAAAUGAAAGCGAAUUGGGAUUUUAGUGAAACAAAACCUUUGCAACGCUGGCAAUCUUUUAAUCCUACUGAUAUAAGAAGAGUCUUAUUCUGUGCUCUUAUUGAAUUCUGCAUAAAUUGCAUGUCAAAGCUAACAGUUGUAACCCUCAGCAGAUUUAAGUACACUGUAUUACUGUUGCUUAAGUACAUUUAAAUAAAUACAUCUGUCAUGA